GUGUUUUAAUUUUCAUAAGGAUACUUAGAAUUCCAAUGCUAUUGGUUUAUUCAUCACUGGGACCUAUCCUGGUUUGAGUAAAAUUAUUCAAUCUAAUUAUCCUUUAAAAAAAAAAAAAAAACUUAAAUUUCAAGAAUGAAUCAGACCUGAACGCUUGAUAAGAAAUGAUAAUUAGGCAAGUUGUCUUCUUCUUGUAUGUGCAAAAUCGUUGCCAUUCUUUUGUUGAAUACUUGUGGCUUCCCAAUGAUUUGUGGCAACUGAUUCCCCCAUUAGCUUAGUAAUUGAUGCUUUCAUGUAUGUAGUUAAGUUCUAUUUUUUCUUGAGAUCCAGACGCCUUUGAUGGAAAUUGCACAAGCUUAGGACAUAGGUGGUUAUAGCUCUUAACUUUUUUCGCAUGGAAGUAGAAGUAAUUAAACCAGGAUGAUGCUUGUAGUCAUGGACAUUUUGAUUUUACAUGAAUCCUAGUUCGAUUGAGCUUUGUUAUCAGUCUGUUGUAUCAGAAUCUCAAAUCAUUCAUCAUGUUUGUUUCAUUGCUUUUUGCCUGCCUGAAAGGUGUUUUUCUUUUUUGGCUGAAGCCUGAAAGGUGUUUGAAUGAAGCUUUCCUGAAGUAGGUGUCUCAGUCCAAAUGUCAGCAUGUGCAGGCCGGACUUCUUCCUAUGUUAUUUCAGCUCAGAAUUUUCUUUUGAAAAUCCUCAUCCUUGAAGGAUUUUCUACAAUGAUAUUCUGUUUUGAAGCUGGAUUAUUUGGUUUGCUCCUUGUCCAUUCACAAAUCCCAAAGGGCACGAGACUUUUGUAUUUCAGUUUUUUCUUUAUUAUCAAAAACAUAUAUAUCUGCUCUGCUUUAUCAUCUUGAUUUUGGUGAAAGCAAUUCCUCAAUGGAUAUAUUAAUAAUUUAUUUAAGCAACUGAAGAAGAUAAAAGAAGAAGGGUUAUCCUAACAAGGAGAUCUUGGACUUGUUUUUAGUGCCUGCAGGUGGAAGACCUUGGACUACACUUGAACUUCUUCCAAGUACAUGGUUACUGAUGGUCAAGUUCCACACUCUUAUAUUAUUCGAUUCUGAUGGAUGGCUCAUGCAAAUGUGGUGUCAUUCAUGAGGGUAUUUUUUCUUUUUUAGACGUAGAGAUACUUGAGUGUAUGUAUUGAUUCUGAGGUUAUACUUGAAACAAAAUUUUGAGAUGUAGUUAUGAAGUCUGGGUGUAGGUUAAUAUCAAAUUUUAUGUUGGUUUGUUAAAAUCAAAAAGUUUUGUGUGG